AUGGCUCAAUGCACAAAUAGAGCAAGAAAGAGCAAUACGAGGUAUGAGAUUAUACCCCUCAUCGAAAGCAGCGGUGCGGCGAGGUCUUUGACGAACGACGAGAAAAAGAUCCGGAGACUUCGAGGUUCAUGGUUCAAUAGAUCGACGGAUUGGCAUGCCACCAUAGCUAGCGCAGCAGCGACUACCAUCGACUACCAUCGAAUCCCAAAGGGCCAAAGCCCUUCACUCGAAGAAAUCUCCUUGUGGUAUAUGAAAAAUUGA